CGAAAAGGAACGAUCUCGAGGUUCGGGAGGAAAACGUUCCUCUUUUUAUUGUAAGUCUACAACUGGCCAAGAGCAGCGCGGUGCAAUACACAAGAACUUUGCUGACGUUACUGGCUUCAGGCCGGCCACCGGCUCAGAUGUUUUUGGCCGGUCUUCAAAGGAAGGCGGCCGCAAACCCCAUCAAACAGGCCCGCCCCAUGGAGAGGUGGGAAUUAGACCUCGUCGGCGAUUUCUCGACCUUGGAAAACGAUCGGGUAGCCCUAAGACCCGCCUGGGCCACAGCCGGCCGAUGGGGUGAAAUCGCCCUACUCCAAAAGGAAAAUUCCAUUCCCCACCUUCAAACCAAGGAAGCCCUCAUUGUAGAUUGGGGGGCCCUCCCAAAGACUUUCAAGAUCGACCCCCAAAGAGCGGCACGAUACGUGGUUAUUGGGGGAGAAGGUGCAAAGAGGGGGGAGGCAUCACCAAAGGAAUGGCGGAGGGGGAAAGGCUCACAACGUUAA